AUGGAAUAUGCGAAAUACACACAAUCUUUGAAUUCGAUUCUUUAUUCUGCUCUAGAAACUGAAAUAACAAAAAUAGAUUUGGGUUGUACUUGUGAUGAUUUUGAAGAAGGAGCACAUGGUGAUCAUGAGCAAUUAAAGUAAGGAUAUUUGCGAAGAAUUUGAUUUUAUAAAUAAAUGAAUCUGAAUUUUCAGACAAAUUUAUCCUGCUUGUGAUGAAAAUCCAUUUGAAACACUCAGUUUCAGACAAGAUUCAAAUUAUGAAAAACAAGUAGCUAGAAGAUAUGAGGCUGAAUAUGAUUAUUGUAUGAGAUGGGCGGCCGAUAGAAAAUAUCAUGCAAUUCGAAUUAUUCCUUUUGAUGCUAACUUUUUCUCGGUUGUCAAAUUAAUUAUUAAAGGAAGAAGUGAGUAAUAAACAAAUAACACUAGGAAAUCUGGAUUUAUAGAUUGGGUUCUUGAUUGUGGAAAUUAUGAUGGACAAUUUGAUUAUUGUGGAUGGAUACCAUCUCCAAAUGGAAGACAGAUUACACCAUCAAAACCUGAAAAUGAUCUUAUGACCGAUUCUUCGGAAUACACAGAAUCUGAAAGAUAUGAAGCUGGAAGAACAUCAACUCAUUCAUCCGAUACCUCUUACAACUUGCCAUCUUUGAAAACUGAAUCUGAAUUGAUCAAAGAGAAAUCUCAAAUUCUUGCAUUAAUGAGAGAACCAUCUCAAAUACCCGAUCCAAUAUUGAUGAAAGAUCCAAUUGGUAACUAUUCAACUACUUCUUAAACGUUUAAAUAAAUACAAUUGACAAAUUUUAUAGAUCCUAUGGUUUAUAAAUUGGUUGGUGAAUCAAGUUCUGAUGCUUCGGCUAUUUUGGAUGCUUUAAAAGAUCUAACUGUAAGUCAAUAAUAUUUCAGCUUAUUCCAAAAAUAUGAUAUUUUCAGAAAGAUAUUAGUCCAAUUGUAAAUGUCGAAGAUUCAAAAAGUAGAACCAGUUUGGGAGAUUUAUUCUAUGACCUAAUUGAACUCGAUCAAAUUUUUACCAAACAAGUCCAAGAGAUUAAAGAUCAAAACAUUUCUUUGGUCGAACCUAGUAUUUCUAAGAACUAUGAGGAACUUUUCCAAUAUGAAACUUGCAAAACCGCCGUUUCAUUUCACAAUAAUCUGGUUUCAUCUGAUGACGAAUCUCCAUCCGCAGAUGUUCCAGAAUCGAAACAACCAACUUCGAAAUCCCGUAAUUUCCUAUUGAACAAUCUGAUUUGUCUAACCGGAAAAAAGCUUGGUUUAAUGCGUAUUUUUUCUGUUAAAAAUACAUAAUAAAUAAAUAGUUUGAUUUUUAAAAGUAUUUGGUUGAGUCGAAUGAUGUGGGUAAUCCGAUUCGAUUUUUUUCACAAAACAGAAUCACUUUGAUGAAACGAAAAACGAUCAUUCUACUUUUUCUAGUAUUUUCGAUUAUAUAUUUUUUCUACAGUUUCGAUAAUGGAUCGUCUCCAAAAGAGAAGAAAGAGAAAAAAGUACCGAAGUUUUACAGAAUGUUGAAUUACGAGAUGCGAGAAUCUGUUGACAGACUGGAAAAUAUUCAAGAUUUUGUGAGAGACAACAUCCAUGUGAGUUUUAAAACUGAAAUUCAACACGGAAGCGGAAACAAAAAAAUGAAAAUAAAAUUUUUUUGAAUACCGUAAUCAUACACAAAAAUGUUUGCCGCGCCGUUUUUCGUUCCGAGACGCAAUACACAAUUUGCGUGUGUGUGCCUUUGAAUACCGUAUACUUUCACACAUUUUCUUUUUUUUCUAGGAUCUUCCGAAACGCUCAACAAAUCUAACAGCUCAUCAACUUUGUGCAAUCAACAAUACAUGCAUUCCAGGUCUUCAAAACUUCGAAGGCGAAAUUCGUGCAGCUGCUAGAUAUAAAUUGUCAACUUGUGUUGUUCAAAAAUCAAUGUCUACAGUAAUGACAUCAAUUUUUUGCUAUCUUCGAGAUGAGGCAAAAUUUUUAAGAAAUAAUCGAGAGAUUUUGAGAGAUUGGAAAAUUAUUCGAUUUUGCAAAUUUCGAAACGAAUUCAGAAAUUUAGCAGCCAUGUUCAAAAAAUAUAAGGUAUUUAAAACUAAUAUUAUUUCACGUCGUGCCACCACACAAAUCCGAGGAGACGCAGACAUUCAUUUUCGGUUAGAAAGUCGCUGCGAGACCUCAACACAUCAAAGGGCGAUGCCGACUGGGUCUAUAAACCCAGCGACAAACUCAAAGGGCGAUGCCGAUGAGGUAUAUAAACGCAGCGACAGACGAAAAACCGGCGCGGCCAAGCGCUAUGUUUUGUGUGUGUCUGCUUGUCUGCUGUCUCUGCGAACAGUGCAAUAUAUCGCCCGAGGGGGAAGGAAAGGCGAGAGAUGUCUCUGCCUGUGUUAAAAGUCUGCGUCUCCCAGAAAUCUGAUUUUUGUAUCGGCUGGCAUAGCGUGAUUUCCGAGAAAAAUAUAUCAAAAAUUACAGAUCACCAAGAAAUCAAUGAAACUUUGGACAAAUAUAAUGAUUGUUCGUGAUCCAGUUGAAAGGUUUAUUUCCGGAUUCGUUGAUAAAUGUUAUAGGUUUUUAUUUUAACAUUUUUUUAAACUUUAAUUUAAAGAAUUUCAGAAAACCUGUAAUAGCUGGAUUUUGUAAUAACUGUCAUCGAAAUCUAACAUGUUUUGUUGAAACCGAAUAUUUUCGAAUGAAACAACAAAUUGCUGAAGAAGAAUUUAUUAAAACCUAUGAAGAUCGACAUUUUUUUCCACAAUCUUGGUAAGAUUUUCAUUUUCGAAAAUCACAUUUGAAUAGAGCUGCAAAAAAUCCGCCCGCCGCUCAUGGCAGUCGGGUAAUUUGCCCCCCGGCCCGGCUCGAACACCCUCGAUACACUAUGAUCGAUUUGCCCGGGUAGCCCGCACCCGUCUGCCUGUUUGCCCGAUUUGCCCGUUGCCCGUCACACCGUGCAUUUUCUUCUCUUUUUCUUUUCUAUCUCUCGUUUUUGUGCACUCUCUCUUACUGUUUUUUUGUUUUCACACAUGUUAAUGCACGGUGUGGCGGGCAAAACGGGCAAAAAAAGCAAAUGGGCAAGUGUUGGCGGGCAAACGGGCAAAUCGGGUAAAGGGGAAGGCGGGUGCGGGCUACCCGGGCAAAUCAAGAAUGUGUGCGCGGGGGGCAACGGGCAGUUUUUUUGCAGCUCUACAUUUGAAUUUAUAUCAACUUUUCAGGCGUUGCAAUUUAUUCGAAAAUUUGAACAAUUUCAAAUUCAUCAAAUAUUCAACAAAACGUGGUGCCGAAAAAACCUUUGUUCGAAAUCUGUUUGAAAUAUUUGAAAAACAAAAUGUUCCAAAAUCAUCAAUUGAUUUCAUAAAUCAAUCAAUAACAAGUGGUCGAACAGCUCAUAGUACUGUAAAUACAAAAGCAACAAGUUUUAUCGAAAGCCGAUUGACUUCAAGUCCUUAUUUGAUGGAAUUAAUUGUGAAAAUGUUUUAUCAUGAUUAUGUUAUUUUCAAUUUUACCUUACCAUUUUAA